GAUGCCCCAUAAAUCCCGACCCCGGCCGGGUGCCGAGGCCGGCUGGAGCCCCCCAGUCGCCCCAUAAUCUGACUGCUCCACAGCGACUUGAACCCCGCCAAAGCUGACACCGGCCAUGAUGGCGGGUACUGUUCGUCCAUCAUCUCGGCGCUCUCAACCGCGCACACAUCCGUAUGAAUCGUGUCGAGUCAUCUGCUGGGCGUGGGCGCGGGCGGCACAUGUCGCUUUCGCCCCGCAUCCCAGAUGAUCUACCAUCGCGCCUCCGUCAGCUACCGAAGCAUCUGAUCCCAUUUCUGCCGUAUCUCAACCGCCCGGAUACCUCCCACGGCCUCGAAAGACGUAUUUCCGCCGGGAAACAUGCCUUGCGCCUGUCUACCAUGGCCUUCUGGCUGCGCACCUGCGCUAGCUCCCACGGCAACCACUGUGCUCCUCCCCCGCGGCCAGGUGCUGCGCGUCCGCUGUGGCUGAUUGACGUGCGUGCCUAUUGCUUAGUCGCAGUCAAAGAUGACCGCGAAGAGGAGAACUCAUAUGUUGCGCUGUAUCACUACGUGGCGCUGAGUUAUGUCUGGGGCCAAGCCUCAAGUGCGACUGCAACGCUCGCCAACAUCGCCGCGCUGCAGAACCCCGGAGCCCUUGACGGCCAGGAUAUUCCAUCUACGAUAAGGGAGGCCAUGGAACUGACACGUCUGCUUGGUGAGCGGUAUCUCUGGGUCGACAGGCUCUGCAUUGUGCAAGAUGACGAAGAUGCGAAGCCUGCUCAGCUGCAGGGUAUGGCGGACAUUUACGCGGGCGCCUUCUUGACUAUCGUUGCUGCGCAGGGAAGCGGCGCGGAUGAGCCUUUGCAUCAUGGGCUGGUCGAUGAGACUGAGGAAGAGGAGGCUGAAAGCGGCCAAGGCGCGCUGCCUUGUCUGAAGGAGGUCUCCUCCAAGGAGUGGACGCAACGUCUGCGAGAGUUUAGGGAGGAGCCGUCGCGUUCUCCCCGUAGACUAGUUUCGUCAGAGGGCGAUAAAAACGGCUCUCCUUUAUACUAUGCAUACCAGUCGGAUCAAAACCAGCAAACUGAUGCUGAUGAUGGCCGCAUGGCAGUCAACGAGCAAUACUUGCCUUUCACUAUGGGAUACGGCGGCUCACCUCACUACAUAGGGUGCGGAUCACCGUACGAUUCACCUUCCCCCAUGGACAUCGAGUCACCUAAUUUCAUUCCUGCAUCGCCCUCAUACACUGAAGUCGAGUCGCCUGUGGUGAACGAAAGGGACUCACCUCCAUCCUCUGUCAACGAGCCACCAGCUAUUCCUCAGGAGGACGUAGAUGCUCCGCCCGACGUGCCUGAUACCUUCUCCGCCACAGAGGUGCCGAAUAUCAGCCGUCAACAAGAGGUGGAUGCACAUCGUGCCAUUAUGGAGGGGCAUUCUCGGGACCUGGUCAACACGGCGUGGUGUCAGAGGGGCUGGACGUUUCAAGAGCUCAUGUUUUCUCGACGGCAGCUUGUGUUUCAUAAUGAUACUGUCAACUGGCAGUGUCAUUGCGCGUCGUGGCAUGAGAAUCAAAGAAACAUAGUGACGGGGCCUUGUAGUGGCGUUGAGGAGGAUGAGCAGCACAGCAAGGACGACAGCAUCGAGAACGGGAACGACAACAGCGUCUCUGCCCCAUUAUCAAGUCAAUUUCUACCUGGUGUCUCUCCGUGGCCUGACUUCCACCGAUAUGCCAGGCUCGUUGCGCUGUAUAACAAGCGGGUCCUGAGAUACGAUCACGACGUCCACGAUGCUUUCGCCGGAGUUCUAUCAGCAUUUGGCCAAUCGUUCCCCCGCGGUUUCAUCUGCGGCCUGCCUCGCAUCUUCUUCGACGCCGCGCUGCUAUGGCAGCCUUACGAGCCCUUGGUCCGUCGUACCAGUGAUCUUCCCUCUGGUCUACCGAGUUGGUCGUGGAUGGGGUGGCAGGGUAAUCUCCAGUCCGAGAGCUGGCGCAGUGGUUAUCGAUAUCUGCGUGGCGGAAAUUCCGGCGGUUCGGAUCACUUUUGGCGGCCUGAUUCUUGGCAGACUCGGCGGACGGUCGUGUGGUCCUGCUCGUUGACUGUGAAUGGGGAACGAAGUCCAGUAGGGAAUGAAACCGCCGAGUUCUCAGAUGAUCCGACAUCAGAAGGCUGGUGUGAGAAGUAUUGCGAACGAGCCCAGAAAUCAUACUUCACCCACCCGCAGGCGGGAACACAUCAGUUCUGGUUUCCUAUCCCUCUAGCCACAAUGGCCAGCAUCAAUGGCAGUCCCACCUCAUGCCAGCCCGCUUACCUGCAUGGUCUCACAAGACGGGGAUUCCUCCAAAUAAGCAAAAUGUUCCAUGACCACCGCUCUUCGCAGUGCGUAUGCGCGACUUUGUGUGACUCGAAUGGCCGCUGGGCUGGCGUGCUGAGACUUAAUGCUGCCUCCUCAGAUCCUGACGAGUAUUACGGAUCAGCAGUCGGCGAGACGUGCGAACUUGUCGAGAUCUCGGCGGGAUCCGCAGAAAACCAACCAGGAGAAGACAAUGGCUUUGACGGGUGGGGGGAAGCUGAGUGCGCGCGGCACAGGGGGACGCAUGAGUUUGUCAACGUCCUGUGGGUUGAGUGGAGGGAUGAUGUAGCAUACCGCAAGGCAUUGGGGCGAGUCUGGGAGACUGCGUGGGCACAGGUUGCCUCAAAGGAUGUGCAGAUCACGCUUGGGUAAUAUGCGAGAACAGAGACGCAUUCAGCGUAACAUUAUAGCCAACUUGAUACAACAGAAGAAGUACCCGCCGACAUGACCCUGGAUUCCUUACGCCACCGAGUUGUGACUACAGGACGCAGGCUGCAGGCAAGAACAUGCAGCUUGAGGUGGAGCGGUCAUCCUAUGAUCGUUGUGCCUGGGACUUUCGUUACCAAUUGGCUCUGAAAGAGGCAUGCUUCAGAGGAGGACAAGGAGACAUUGCAGGCCUGCUACUGGAGUAUGGUGCUGAUGUCAAUGCUUGGUGUGAAGAUUCCACAGCACUGAUCCAAGCAUCGUGGAGUGGCCACCUCGAAACAGUCAGGUGUCUCCUCCAGAACGGGGCUGAUAUCAACCUUCAUAAUCCCAAUAAGACAGAAAGCGAAACGGAAUUGAU